UUGAUUUUAUUUUAUUCCAAAAUCGAAAGGAUAAGCUAGAAGAAAAAUCAAUAGAAAAGAACGGGAAAGUUUUAAAAAAUAUUAUUUUGUGUGUGUUAAAAAACACAUUGAACGCAAACACACACGCACUUUAAUCGAUACAUUCCUUAUUUUGUCGGUCGCAAUUCAAAUUACAAAAGAAAAACGCGAGUGUUUCCGUUUUUUUUUCUUUUCGUUUUCGUGUAAAAACUUGGAGGAGGUGUUGGUGUUGUAACAACUUGGCAAAGAAGAAAAAAUUGUGUAUGGAAAAUAUACACAUUUACAUGGAAUGAAGAGAAAAAAUUCAUUAGCAAUUGAAAGCUAAAAUAGAAUCAAUAUCCAAACGACAUUGUAUUCUAAAUAAACGAAAACGAAACUGAAGGCAACAACAACGUCGCGUUUUAAAUGGAUGUAGAUAGUGAAACUCCAUUUAAAAAUGAAUGAUUGAAUUGAUUUUGUUUGGAGAAGGCAUUUUUCUUCUUGCAACGACAAUAAAGAAAAUACAGCUGAAAGUGUCUUCCUCGCAUAACAGCUGACGUAUUGGAUCCAAAACCAUUUUGAGGAAGCUUGUCAAGAGGAGAUAUUCAAGAUUGCGACCUACAAUUCCAUAACGAUCUGAGAGAUCGUCAACAAUUCCGAAAGGAAUCAAAAACAAACAAAAAACAAAUCCAAAUACAUAGUAUUAGUUUAAUGUUACAUUUUUAAGAUUUAACAAAUGGCAACUAUAGAUGGAAGACCGGCGCAAUAUGGGAUAUCUCUUAAGCAAUUGCGAGAGCUCAUGGAGCAUCGAGGUCAUGAGGGUGUUACCAGAGUUCAGGAAGUGGGUGGAGUAGUAGAGAUAUGCAAUAAACUCUAUACGAAUCCCAAUGAUGGUAUCAGUGGAUCGCAUCGUGACGUCUCACAUCGGCGUGAAACAUUUGGCUCCAAUGUUAUACCGCCAAAGCCGCCUAAAACAUUCUUAACACUAGUCUGGGAAGCAUUGCAAGAUGUUACCCUUAUAAUUUUAGAAGUAGCUUCCCUAGUUUCCCUUGGCCUAUCAUUUUAUUCACCAACCGACGAUGAUGCUCCUGUUUUGGAGGAAGAAGAAGAUCAUUAUGCUUGGAUUGAAGGUGCUGCCAUCUUAGUUUCUGUUAUAGUUGUAGUAUUGGUAACAGCCUUCAAUGACUACUCAAAAGAACGCCAGUUUCGUGGCCUACAGAGCCGCAUCGAAGGUGAACAUAAAUUUUCCAUAAUACGCGGCGGUGAAGUAUGUCAAAUUAGUGUAGGCGAUAUUGUUGUUGGCGACAUUGCUCAAAUUAAAUAUGGCGAUCUUUUGCCAGCCGAUGGAAUACUCAUACAAAGUAAUGAUUUAAAGGUAGAUGAAUCAUCUUUAACUGGUGAAUCGGAUCACGUUAAAAAGGGCAUUGAUCACGAUCCCAUGGUCUUAUCGGGUACUCAUGUUAUGGAGGGUAGUGGCAAAAUGGUUGUUACUGCAGUCGGUGUAAAUUCGCAAGCUGGUAUCAUAUUUACACUAUUGGGCGCCACCGACGAGGAGGAAGAUGCUCCAAAACCAAAAGAACAUAAGGGCGGGUCCGAUGGCAUUAAAUCCGAUUCCGAUGGCAAUCAUGUCCAGGCCUCAUCUUCUGGCGCGGCUGCUGAGUCUGGAAAGAAGGAUAAAUCUGUUUUACAAGCCAAGCUUACAAAAUUGGCCAUACAAAUUGGUUAUGCCGGUUCAACAAUUGCUGUUAUAACUGUUAUUAUACUCAUCAUACAAUUCUGCAUUAAAACCUUUGUCAUCGAUGAGAAGCCCUGGAAAAAUACAUAUGCCAAUAAUUUUGUUAAACAUUUAAUUAUUGGUGUCACAGUAUUAGUGGUUGCUGUACCCGAGGGUUUGCCAUUGGCUGUGACCUUGUCAUUGGCCUACUCGGUUAAGAAAAUGAUGAAAGACAACAAUUUGGUGCGCCAUUUAGAUGCAUGCGAAACUAUGGGUAAUGCCACUGCCAUUUGUUCUGAUAAAACAGGUACCUUAACCACAAAUCGUAUGACUGUUGUACAAUCAUAUAUCUGUGAAAAGUUAUGCAAAGUAUUACCAAGGCUUAACGACAUUCCCAAACAUGUUGCCAACUUAAUAACACAAGGCAUUUCUGUCAAUUCAGCUUAUACUUCCAAUAUCUUGCCAGGUGCUAAUCCGGAAGACUUGCCAACACAGGUGGGCAACAAAACAGAAUGUGCUCUUUUGGGUUUUGUUCAAGGAUUGGGUGUGAAAUACCAAAAGAUACGCGAUGAAAUCACCGAAGAUAAGUUUACACGGGUAUACACAUUCAAUUCGGUGCGCAAGAGUAUGGGUACAGUCAUACCACGACCCGAUGGUGGUUAUCGUCUCUAUAGUAAAGGUGCUUCAGAAAUUAUGUUGAAAAAAUGUGCCUUUAUUUAUGGUCAUGAUGGGGUUUUGGAAAAAUUCACACGCGACAUGCAAGAACGUUUAAUACGUGAAGUUAUUGAGCCGAUGGCAUGUGAUGGCUUACGUACAAUUUCGGUGGCAUAUCGCGAUUUUGUACCCGGACCAGCGGCCGCGAAUGAAGUGCAUAUUGACGGCGAACCCGAUUGGGAUGAUGAAGAGGGUAUUAUGUCGAAUCUCACUUGUUUAUGUGUCGUUGGCAUUGAAGAUCCCGUACGACCCGAAGUACCCGAUGCCAUACGCAAAUGUCAACGUGCUGGUAUUACGGUGCGAAUGGUGACUGGUGAUAAUGUUAAUACGGCAAGAUCUAUUGCAACAAAAUGCGGUAUUUUGAAACCAAAUGACGAUUUUCUUAUAUUGGAGGGACGUGAGUUCAAUCGACGCAUUCGCGAUAGCAAUGGCGAUGUUCAGCAACAUUUGCUAGAUAAAGUUUGGCCAAGAUUGCGUGUUCUAGCUCGAUCUUCACCUACUGAUAAAUAUACUCUUGUUAAAGGCAUUAUUGAUAGUUCCAUAAGCGAUAGUCGUGAAGUUGUUGCCGUAACCGGAGAUGGUACCAAUGAUGGUCCAGCCCUGAAGAAGGCUGAUGUUGGAUUUGCCAUGGGAAUUGCUGGCACCGAUGUGGCCAAAGAAGCUUCCGAUAUUAUAUUGACCGAUGAUAAUUUCAGCAGUAUUGUUAAGGCCGUUAUGUGGGGUCGUAAUGUUUACGAUUCCAUAGCCAAAUUCUUGCAAUUUCAACUAACAGUUAACGUUGUGGCCGUUGUUGUUGCAUUCAUUGGUGCCUGUGCUGUCCAGGACUCUCCAUUAAAGGCAGUACAAAUGUUAUGGGUCAACUUAAUUAUGGACACACUGGCCUCUUUGGCUUUGGCCACCGAAUUGCCAACACCUGAUCUAUUGUUACGCAAGCCAUAUGGGCGUACAAAACCCCUGAUUUCACCCAUUAUGAUGAAGAAUAUUUUGGGCCAAGCCUUUUAUCAAUUAAUUAUUAUAUUUGGAUUGUUAUUUGCCGGCGAUUGGAUACUGGACAUUGAAUCGGGUCGUGGCCAAGAUUUGAAUGCGGGACCAACACAGCAUUUUACAAUUAUAUUCAAUGCAUUUGUUAUGAUGAUUAUGUUUAAUGAAAUUAACGCUCGUAAAAUCCAUGGCCAGCGAAAUGUUGUUGAGGGUAUCUUUACCAAUCCAAUUUUCUACACCAUUUGGAUUGGUACAAUGAUUUCUCAAGUCGUCAUAAUACAAUAUGGUAAAAUGGCAUUCUCCACAAAAGCCUUAUCGCUCGAUCAAUGGCUGUGGUGUGUAUUCUUCGGCCUUGGUACUUUAGUGUGGGGACAAGUGAUUACCACGGUGCCUACGAAAAUAUUACCAAAAUGUUUGUCGUGAGCAAAAUAAUAA